AUGAAGGAGAAACAGUUUAACACGAUGCCGCGUUUAAGGAAUCAGUCACGUGGCCGCCGCGCCACCUUGCAGGCGGCGACACCAGGGAUCAUAGUGGCAAAUACGGCAACAUCCUUUUCAGCCUCUGUUUCCAAAGCCAAAAGUAGACGUGCGAAAAUUAAGGGGGCAAAUACAAAUAAGAGGGUGCCUGUGGUGUUUGUGCAAGACUAUAAACCACCAGACAAACCUCCUAUGCUCAUGCAAUCGCACCAAGAUUCUUUGGCUUGUAGCGAAAACCUUCCUCUUGAAUUGUACUUGCGGGCCAUUUUGAGAGUUUUUUCUCCAACUUCCAAUGACCAGGAAUACGCGCGACAGGUGUUGCGUGACAUGAAUCGCGCUCUUUCUGGUCUGGACAUGCAUGCCCUCGUAUUUGGAAGUUGGUGUACUGGUAUUUCUACUCCGAGCAGUGACAUGGAUUUCGUUGCAAUACAACAAGGCUCCAGAAUGCCACCGGGUAGUGGGUCCAGUGCUUUCCAUAACAAUGGGAGCGGGAAGUAUAGCACAAGCUCAGUGCUUGAACGCGCCCUCUUCGACCCCGUUACUGCCUCUACUAUGUCGAGAAAGGAGCGUCACAAGCGUUUCUCAGGGGCACUGCGUCUUGUUGGCAGUAAUUUGCGUUUCUCUAUGGUUUUUCGCAGCAUUCAGCUCAUUCCUAAUGCCAAAGUCCCUGUUGUGAAGGCGCUUCAUCGGGGUGGAAAGAGCGUGGAUGUUUCUUUCCUACGUGAUGGAUUGAUGUCCUCUCAGUUCCUUUGCGAAGAGUUCAAAAAACCACAGUUUUUGCUUGCGCGCGGCAUUAUCAUUUUGGUAAAGGCCCUCGUGGCAAACUGGAUGCUUGACGACCCGAGUGUUGGCGGCCUUGGCUCAUUUCCCAUAUCUAUUAUGGUUUUGUGGUUUCUCCACGAGGAGGUGGCGCAGCGCUACCCACCGGAAGUCCGCAAGAGCUACGCCGUGUGUCUUGUGGGGUUCCUCAAGUACUAUGGUCUGCUGUUUGACUACAAGCACACGGGCAUUGACUACGCCAACAAGCGAACCUUUGUGAAGACGCCAGUACCAGAGCUGUACAUCCUGAACCCGUUGAAUCCAAGCGCCAACUGCGCCGCGGCAGCAACACUUUUUGUUUCUCGCCUUGUAAAGAAAUUUGGUGACACGUACACACUUUUUUCGAGGCUUUUAGAAGACACUACUGAUGCCGCCAGCUUGGACAAGGCAGUGUUGGAAGCAUUUGACCGCCCACUUCGGCUUAGUGGGGCCCAAGGUGUACAACGGCUGCAGCGAGAGAAGCAGCGGCAGCUGCCCGAGUCGGAGACAGGGUAUCAGCAUCGCUGGGAAGCGGAUACCUCGCUUUACAUUGGUGAUCCGCUUGGAAACUGA